UAACCUGUUUCACCAGGUGGAGGUAGGAUGGAUGUGUGGGUAGAAUUUGAAAAAGAGAAAAACAUAGGGCCUACCUUGAUAUGAAAAAGGGAUGCGGAGAGAAAACCAAUGGAACAGAAAGUACACACUAUGAAAAUAUCACACCUUAUUUACUUGGAUGAAUGUUUGUAUGUCUUCGAUAAAUUCACAAGCUUUGCUUCGUAAUCAUGGUGUUGAGUUGAUAUCAUUUAAUUCACUUUUCCUUCCACUUAUAACUUGUCUUCAGGAUGAUAAAAACCAUUUAAAAUCUACAUCUAACAAUUUUUCAGAUCAACCAAGUCAAUACUACACAACAGAAAUUUGUGAAUUUUUAAAAAAUAUAGCUCCUCUUAUGUCAGUUGGAACGACAAGUCCUUCGUUUCUCUUUCCAUCACCACCCACGAAUUUGGUCACUGCUUCUUCCUCAACGUCGUCAUCAUUAUCAUGUGAACCACCUUCGAAAGAAUUAGAUAGUAGCACAGAGAGUACAUCAUCCCAUCUAGAUGCCGAAAUGAAACUUUCUACCCAGUUGGUAUCACAGCAAAUGGGCUGGUGCUCAGUUGCAUCACUGGAAAUAUAUCAACGUGAAGAAGAAUAUCAGCGAAAUGCUUUUUUAACUAGUUAUCCUAUUCAAACAAAAUUGGAUGACGAUUCACAGGAAAAGCAUACUAAGCCAUCAAAGCAACAGAGACAACAAUCAACUGAAGAAAUCAGUUCACCUUUACGGAAUACUCCAACAUGUAGUCAAUGUGGUAAACAAUUUGCUAACAUUUACCGUUUACACAGACAUCUGCUUAGUCAUACAGAAAGUAAUGAACUGCGCAAAUUUCGUUGUUCAGAAUGUUCAAAGGCCUUUAAAUUUAAACAUCAUUUGAAAGAACAUGAAAGAAUCCAUAGUGGUGAAAAACCAUUUAUGUGUUUGCACUGUGGCAAACGUUUCAGUCACUCUGGAUCAUAUUCAAGUCAUAUGUCUAGUAAAAAAUGUAUUAGAACUAUGGAUAAUUGCAAUAACAGAAACGCUAAUAUGGUAAUUAUAAGUAAUGCUAGAACCAACAGUCAUAUGAGCAAAAACAACAAUAAUGCAGUACAUUCACUGACACCUAUGAGUAGAGAUUCGUUUGCAAGUCAGAUGUCUUCCUACAGAACAGGUCGGUAUUCACCACCAUUUGGAAUGCACGGAGAUAAGUUAGAUUUAGCAACUAUAAAACAUGAUAUUGCAGAUGGUAAUCAUAUAAAAGAAGACAUGGAACUGAGUUCAGUGUCUAGUAUUCUGGAGUCAGUUACUCAAGUAAACAGUUCGGACUACUUUGCCAAACUGAGUAACUAUAAACUUGAUAGCUACUAUCCCAACGAUUUGUCCAGUCUAAAUGACCAAUAUUUAAACAACGUUGAACGUAUUACGCAUAAUGGCACCAAUGUUGCUGCUGAUGCUAUACCCACUAGUGAUGAAGUUGAUAACUUAUAUCCAGUAAAUAAAAAAUGGAAAGAACUAGGGAACAUUCAUAAUUAUCUGAAUAAAUCUCCCAAAUCUAUAUUGGAAAUAAAUACACCAGUAAAACUUGGUUUAAAACCAGAAAUUGCCGAGCAUUGCUUUGAAGGUAUGUAUACGAGUGAACAAUAUCUAUACCAGGGACAACAUCAUCCAUCUGAAGGCUGUCGUGACUUUUUUGCACUUCCUAACAACUUUACUCAGCAUACCGGCAAUUUCAUCCCGUUCUCACCAAUACCCCAACCCAAACAACAGAAAAUGAACUCAUUCUCCACAUUAACCACACGAGUACUGCCACAAGCAACAAUGAUGAUACAUUCGAUGUCCUGUAUGCAAAAAGGGGAAGAAGUAAAAGAUGAAGCGGAGAAAGGAAAGGAAGAUGGAGAAGAAGAAGCCUUAGACUUGUCCUUACCGCGACUAUCCCCGCAAACAUCUCAUGAACAAAGCUUGAAUUCAGGCCAUUCAACCUUUCACCAAUCUUAUAUUUGUACUUCAUCAAAUUCUUUAUGGUCACCAUCAACAAUGACAAUUGUGGCAGCUGCCGCUGCAGCUGCUGCCGCUGUAAAUUUUCUAUCCAGACAAUCUAAUGAAAGUAAUUGUCCAUAUCAGAAUUCUGAACAAUUCCAUGAGAAUUCAGCCAAUGAUAUGUCCCAGUUGUCUAACUUAGUUAUGGAAAUAUGUACAAAGAUGAGUUUCAUGGGGAAUGAUGAAGUAGAACCGGCGGAUGUCGAAAAUGUGUUCACAGAUUUUGAAGAUAACGAUGAUAAUAUGAGCGCUGCUACUGGGAUUGUUAAAUUUACUGACAUUAAUAAUAGCAGUAGUCAUCUGGAUACUCUUAGUAUUACUGAAAGUUUAGGCAAAAGAGAAAGUAGUCAUAUCAGCCUCAAUGACAGUGUGAAUUGUGCUGACGGCAGUGGUUGUAACGAUGGAAUCAAAAAUGGAGAAGUUUUCACUUGCGAUCAAUGCCAAAAAGUGUUUUCAAAGCAUAGUUCAUUAUCUAGACAUAAAUAUGAACAUACUGAUCAUCACUUGCUUCAUAGUCGAAAUCAAAGUAAACGUCAUAAUCAAACCAUCCUUUCACAAAACGAUAUUUAUACAGCUAUUUCGAUUACUAAAUUAAGCAGUUAUACAUGA